AAUAACAUGGGGAAAAAAAAUACGAACACUCUAAUGGAAAAAAAAGAGUCAAAAAAUUUAACCAACAAGCUCUUCGAAUCUCGAAUCACUCUUAAUAUUAGUCCUGUUGCGAUCAUAUCGUUACUCAUACUACUUAUAUCUCUAGCGAUUGCAUGGGACAAAUAUAGACAGCAAGCUACUUGUCAAAUAUUAACGGGUGAUUAUGAAGACAAAAUCCAGUGGAUAUCCAUUCCUGAUCAUAAAAACGCAGAGAGUUAUCUUUCGUUAGAUAAUGGUGCUUUCGUUUACCGUCAUAUAUAUAUGGAUGAGUUUGAAAAAGAAUUUAAUGUGAAGCCAUUAAAUUUUCCAACUAUUGACCCGGAUAUAGCACCUUAUCUUGCAAAGCAUAAUCUUAGAGCCCGAAUAUUAAAUAAUAGUGAAAUUAGUGAAGAAGCAGCUUCAGCAACUUUUACAGUGUCAGAGAAUUAUGCACCCCUUAUAGAAGAUAUAAAGUUUAAGGUCGAAAAUGGAACAUAUGUUGAUGAUGGACGCGUAUAUAUUCGUUGGGUUAAUGAUAUCGUAAGAUGGGGCAUGUUUGCUGGUCGUUCUUUCCAACCAAAUGAUAUUAUAGGGAUCUAUGCUGGGUUAUUAACGCGUCAACUUUAUGAUGUUGAGUAUGGUACGUUAGGAAGUUCUACUUGGGAAUUCAAUUAUCUUGUGGAUGUUGUAGAUGAAAAUAAUGAAAAAGUGAGGGUUUGUAUUGAUGGAAAAAAUAUGGGAAAUUAUAUGCGAUUUGCUAAUCAUCGUGACGAAAACCAUAAUGGUGACCAACUUUAUACGAUUUAUGAUGAUAUUUGGUACGUGCUCUAUAUAGCACAGGAUGAAAUUAAGCUCCACGAACAAAUAUUCGUUAAUUACGGUCAAGCAUACUGGGAAAGCAAACAAAAAUACGAAUUUAAUUAA